AUGAAUUCGAGUUUCUUUGCAUUGGGUGGUAAUUCAUUGCUGAUGAUGAAAUUGUUUUACCAUUAUCAAACUCUUAAUAAUCAAAUCAGCAUCAACAAUUUUUAUGAGUUUUCAACGUUACGCGAUCAUAUUCUGUUAUUACUCAAUGACGUGUCAGACGUGCAGAAACGGUAUAAUGACGAUCCGUAUUGUUAUAAGGUUACAGAGAAAAUUAUUGACAAAUAUGUCGAUUUGAUUAAACAUGAUUCCGCUGUUAGUUCUCACGUAUCGACCUCACGAGUCACCUCAGCGUUCAAUCGAGUAUUUAUGAUUACGGGGACAAAUGGUUCACUUGGAAGUUGGAUUCUUAUCGAUUUAUUGUCACGACCAAAUCAAGUUGUGAAAAAAGUUUAUUGUCUUAUUCGUGGUACAGAUAAGCAACGCCUUCGUCUAGCAUUUGAACAACGUAAACAAGAUGUUACAUUGCUGAAGGAUGAAAAACGACUUAUCAUUUUACCACAAAUGGAUUUAUCAGAUAAAUACUUGGGACAAUCAACAAAAAUGUAUAAAGAACUACAAAUGGAAGUAACAGACAUUGUGCAUUCUGCCUGGAAAAUGAAUUUUAAUUUAUUAAUUGAACAUUUUGAGAGCGAUUGCAUUCAAGGAGUCUACAACUUACUAAAAUUAGCGCAGGAAACCCGAAUUAGGUUCCACUUUAUAUCGACUUUUGCUUCAACUGAAGGUUCAAUUGUGAAGGAAGAGCCGCUCCGUAUACCAGUUGAUAUUUAUCGUUUUGGACAAAUAUCGGGUGAUACACGAAACGGCGUCUGGAAUAUAACGGAAGAGAUUCCGCUGAUUAUCUGUGCUGGUGGUGGCUUGAUGGGCAAAAUUCCGAACAGUGGUGAACCAGUCGAAUGGAUUCCUGUUGAUAUUGGCAGUUCAUGCGUUGUCGAUAUUGCAUUAAACUGGCCGCCGAAUCAAUGUGGUAUUCAUCAUCUACUGAAUCCAAACAAAAUAGGAUGGAACUUACUACUAAAUUAUCUUCAAGCUUCAGCAAAAGUAAAAUUUGAAAUUGUUCCAAUGAAGGAGUUUACAAAAAGCAUAGAUAAAUCAAAUCCUCUAGCAAAAUUAAAACCAAUGUUUGAGAAACUUUAUGAAAUAGAAGAUGAUUCAACAACAAUGGAGACUCAUUUUGAAACAACAAAAACUAUUGAAAAAACCGAUAAACUAAAAUACUGUCCAGCAAUUAAUCAAGACUUGAUUAACUUGUAUUUGAAUUAUUGGAUCGAAUGUGGGUUUCUUAAAUCAUAA